GCGGUACUUUGUAAAUCUAGGGACUUUAUUUAAAGUAGUUAAAUCGCUACAUCUAUUGAAAGAAACAAGGAAUUAAAAUUUAAAUUAAUCAAUCAGGUUGACAACCUAAUCCACCCUUCAAAAUUAAAAAGGUAUAAAUUAACAGAAAAUGCGAAUAAAAAAUAAUGCGAAGAGUUGCUACGGCAUCACCAAUUUUAAACAGCUGCUGCUAUUAUUUUCAUUUUGGUGGAACAUUUCUAAGCGGUUAUAUCCUGAGACCAUUACAUUCGGGAUUUGCAAAUUUUUUUAACACAAGCAUGGGAUGGGCUGUACACUCAGAUCCGAAUUCUUUAUAUUAUAGAGCAAUCAUAAACCCGAUUGUGAAGCUUGUAAACUUUUUUGGAAAUGUUUGGAAUAAAAUUACUGGGCGACGCCAACAUCAACCACAAAUAAUUAUUGACGAUGACGAUUAAUAAUUAGAAUUAUAAGGUUAUUUUGUAGUGUAAGUUUUGUGCACGUAAAAUUUGUGGUGAUAAAAUAAAUUUGAUUUUCUUUUUUUUUAAAUUUAAUAUUCUUUACAAUGUUAGUUAUAAAAGUUCUUUCGUAACGAAGAACCGAGAAUUCUAAAAGAAGGAUCGUCUACCAUAAAAAGGAUCAUAAAUCUUUUAUAUUUUAUUAGGAUCCUCCCGACAGAAAGUGGUAUGUAUAUAUUACCGUCAGAUAAAAUUAUUGCUAUUGCUAAAGUAACGUUUUUCUCCAUUACUACGGAAUGAUUUAAAAUAUUUUUGGUAUUUGUAUAAUUAGAUAUUGAAUGAAUUUAAGUAGAACAUAAUUUUAUUUUGAUUCGUUUUUAUAAUAAAUCACCCAAUAUUUUAGUUUAGAACUUAUUUGGAAAUAUUGAAAAAUAUUUGAUAUUAUUGUAGACAUGUGGUGUGUCCCGAAUUCAGCAGCUUUCCUAGUUCGUGUGAACAGCUUGGCAGAGGUUGAAUUUACAUUUAAAUAGGAUCUGAGAUGAUUUACAUACGCUUGACUACCGAAUAUUGCUCUACCUCAAAAAUAUAAAACAUCUUCGGGGCGGAUUUCUUAUCUCGUUUGUUAUCGAAAACUGUAUAAAAUUAUUCAUUUAUUUCAUUUAUGUUAUAACUUAUUCGCAUUCUGAAAGUGCGACCGCGUCACGCAGGUUUAACAGUUGCUGGUAAAAUGUUUACUGUGACAGUUUAUGAGGACAUAAACCGAAUGUGCGAAACAACCAUUCCAUUUUGGGACAGACCUCAGUAAUAAAAUGUCCACCGCCGCCACCGUUAAUCCCCAAGCCAUUAACGUCUGAAAAUAAUAACUUAGGCAUAAUUAAUGUACGCCCUGAAAUUUUAGCGAGGACGAGGAAAUUGUGACGUUGGGUAAACGGUUUUAAAGGACAAGGGAUUUUUUGCUUAUGCGUCAAAACGAAAUGUAAAAUUUCGAAUCCGAUUUUGAGUACACAAACUGAUCGGAAUUCAAAAAGGUUUAAUUUUAACAUCGCUUGUUUUCAAACGUAUUGGUCUAAAACUAGGACUAUCACUAGAAUUCACACACAACCUCACUUAUCACCACAUAAAUUGAUCUUGGAAUAACAACAGCGUCAUUGAAAUAGCUCGACACCUAAAAAAAUUGACUCAUUUCAGUCAGCAAUUUUCAGCACUCCAAUCGAAAUGAAAACACGAAACUGGAAAAUACAAAGCGAAUAUUUGUGUAUUCUCUGCUUACGCUUUAACGGUUGACGUUUGUACGAAAUUAAUUAUUUCAUACCGGAAAUUUAAGCACCGUUUGCACAUAGACUGUUCAUUCUAUCGCAUACGUAAUACAGAACGUUCUCGUGCUUUGUAGGAACUUUGAUCCUUGCGGUUAUGAUCAAAGGUCGUAAACUGUAGCAUUAAAUAGUUUAUGUACAUUUUUGAAUUUCACGUUAUCCAAGCAUAACUUGCUUAAAUUUUAGAAUGUAUUUACGUUUAUAACGCGAUAAAACAAUGUAAAAUGCUCUGCAUAUAUUGCAGGUUUCGCGUUAUAAACUGCGAAACUUUAGUCGUAUAAGUGUACGAGUGCCUCCUAACGGCUCGAUCUUUUACAGGACUUAAACCCGCUAGAAGUCCACCUGGCGCCGACGGGACGCGAAAUGGUACAAGCUCUAAGGGGUUUGCUCCUGCAGGCACAUUGGCAUACAUUCACCCUUCUGGCGGAUUCAACUUCGACGUCAGCCCUGCAGAGACCAGAGCUUUGGGGACCUGUCUCCGAAUCACCCCUCCACCCAACCCUCAUCUCUUUGCCGUCACCGCUAAGAGCCCAGAUAAUCUUCAGAAAGCUAGCGGAUAUGUCGCGGUCAACUAGAGGAGUAAUCGUGCUUUUAGGUGAUCGUUCAACAGCAGGAAGGAUUCUUGAUUACGCUAGGCGCCUUAACAUGAUCGAUGGCCACUUCGUUUGGUUGUGGAUCAACACAUCAAAUAACGCGAAAAAUAGAAACACCACGUUAUUCGAAGACUUAGAAGAUCACGAUAAGGAGUUUGGCUUGGAACAUUCGGAAUCAUCAUCGAGUAGACCAAAACGUGAUAUACGUCGCGAAGCUAUAAGCGAAGAACUUUCCGAUUUGCAUUUCGGGAAUUUAUUGAAAAGAGAACGGUAUUUAUUGUUUAAUAAGGACCAACGAUUGCGUGGUUUCGAUAAUUCGAAGUACAAAGGGAGCAGAAUUUCGCAUGGUAGUGUAAAUGUUGUGGUUGAUGUGAUAAACAGGACAGGAGGGAAAGUGAUGUUGCCUCAAGGACUAUUGAGGCUUAGACCUUUAGCGGUUAAAGUUGAUCGGCAUCUCGUCAAGGGUGCUGCCAAACUUCUUGUCGCCACCUUGAAGAACGUACUAUCAGGUUGCCCAAGUUGGCUGGACGAUGGUUUGAAAUCUUUUCAACUAUCAACUAGUUGUUGGAAAUCUUUGGGUUCCAUUGAACAGAAUUUCUCUACAUAUUUUGCCCGGGAACUAAAGGCGGCCUGUACGGAUGCUCUCGCGGGAAAACGAUAUUCACAAGAUAUUGGCGUUGACAAAGUGGACAAAUCAUUAGUGUCGAAUUUCGAAAUAUUGAACCUAGUUUCUGAACCGUCGCAAAAGGACAUCGACGGCGGAAUCAAUAAGACGCAAGAAAGCACAGAACCGGGUGGUUUAAAAUGGAAAAGAGUUGGAAUUGUAUCCGGAAGAUUGGUUAGAUUGGAUACGAUUGUUUGGCCUGGUGGGGACAUAUCCGUUGCUGCCGUAUCUACUAGAGCUAGAACUGUGUUUAGAAUAGUAACAGCAUUGGCACCUCCUUUCGUAAUGGAGAGCGAAUUAGACGAAGAUGGGCAAUGUUUACGUGGACUCCCUUGUCAUCGAGUACUCACUUCCGAUAAAGAUAACCUUACGUUGGUAUUCAACGAAAUGGAAUACAAACACAGACUAGAAGAGGAGGAAGGGGAGGUGGAUGACUCAGUGAGCCAAGAGUACGAUGAUGAGAGGAUGUAUCCCUUUCAAAAAUUUAAGUAUCGAACGAAUUGCUGUUAUGGUCUUUCGAUGGAUCUUUUAGAAAACGUUGCGCAGGAAUUGGAGUUUGAUUUCCGACUGUAUAUUGUUGCGGAUGGUUAUUUCGGAAGUAGAAUUAUUACAAAAAAACAUAGCAGAAGAGUUAAACGAGAUGUUGGUAAGAAAUUUCUAUCAGGUUUGAAACAAGGAAACGAAGGUAUGAAUUACGCGGAAAGUUAUCAAGAUGAAGAAUUAAACAAUGAGAUUGCAAUUAAGUGGAAUGGAAUCGUCGGUGACCUCGUAUCCGGUGCUGCACACAUGUCUUUUGCGCCACUCAGCGUUUCUAGUAUUCGUAGUGAAGUCAUAGACUUCAGCGUUCCAUAUUUUUAUAGCGGCGUUAGCCUUUUAGCAGCGCCAAGACAAGAAUCGGAAAUACCUCUGAUGGCGUUUUUACUUCCAUUUUCACCAGAAUUAUGGAUCGCCAUUUUUACCUCUUUGAACAUAACCGCUAUUGCUGUUGCCAUCUACGAGUGGUUAUCACCGUUCGGAUUAAAUCCAUGGGGGAGGCAACGUUCGAAAAAUUUCAGCAUGAGUUCGGCUUUAUGGGUCAUGUGGGGAUUGCUUUGUGGACAUUUGGUAGCAUUUAAAGCACCGAAAAGUUGGCCAAACAAAUUUCUCAUUAACGUCUGGGGCGGAUUCUCAGUGAUAUUCGUUGCAAGUUAUACAGCUAAUAUUGCCGCUCUUAUCGCUGGAUUAUUUUUCCAUAAUACAGCAACUAAUUAUCAUGAUGGGUUACUCAGUCAACGAGUGGGUGCACCUAAGGCUUCAGCGGCCGAAUAUUAUAUUCAACGCGCCAACAAAAUGGUUUGGGAGCACAUGUACAAGUAUUCUCUGGAUAGCAUUGAGGAUGGACUGGAUAGGCUACGAAAUGGGAGUUUAGACAUCGUUAUCGCGGAUACUCCAAUCCUUGACUAUUAUCGAGCAACGGAUCAUGGGUGUAAACUCCAGAAAAUUGGGGAUGCAAUUAAUGAGGAUACGUAUGCAAUCGGAAUGGUGAAGGGGUUUCCUUUAAAGGAUAGUAUAUCAGCUGUGUUAGCUAAGUACUCAAGCAACGGUUACAUGGAUAUCCUACAGGAGAAAUGGUACGGUGCCUUACCUUGUUUCAAGUUGGCAACUGAAAUUGCUCAGCCGAGGCCGCUGGGAGUAGCAGCCGUGACGGGUGUAUUUAUCCUGCUAGGAGUAGGCGUGAUCCUCGGCUGCAUAAUCCUGCUUGUCGAGCAUUUAUUUUUUAAGUAUACGCUGCCACUUCUACGCGACAAGCCGAAGGGAUCGAUAUGGAGGAGCAGGAACAUAAUGUUCUUCAGCCAGAAACUGUACAGGUUCAUCAAUUGCGUCGAACUCGUCUCCCCACACCACGCCGCACGGGAGCUUGUACACACGAUUAGACAAGGACAGAUCACCAGCCUGUUUCAGAAGAGCAUCAAAAGGAAGGAACAUGAACAACGUCGCCGAAGAAAGAGCAAGGCUCAGUUCUUCGAGAUGAUCCAAGAGAUACGGAGUACUAUUCGCAGGCAGCAGCAAGAGGAGCGCGAGUUUCCGUUGGAGUCUCUAAAAGAAGUGGAAGGAGAAAAUCAGCUAUCUCCCGAUGAUAAAAAGAUAAAACAUAGUCCCAGUAUAAUUAAAAGAACGUUUAUGCGAACGAGUCCUAAAAUGGACGCUACUACUGCCAAGAGAUCACCAACAACUUAUUUUAACAAGCAGUUAUUUAGCCCACGUUCUAAAAACAAAGCGAAAAGCUCAACGAAUCUUAACGUGAGAAGAUUUAGUUCUGACAGCGUUUUUAACACCCAAACACUAAAAGCUGAUAGGAGUACAGCUGUUGGGAGGAGAUUAAGUAAAGAUGCGACUUCAUUUUUAAGCAGUAGUCCCCCUGAUAUCAAUAGUAGGCGAUCAAGUUAUUUAGACAUCAUAAGUACGGGUGGAAAAUUAUCGGGGAAAAGCCCAGUACUCUCCAUCGAAAACGUUUCCGAUUGUAGCGCGAAAUCAAACGAAACGAUCAGAAAGCUCUCAGACUCCGAAAGCAUCGGGAGAAAAUUGGCAACAUUACCUAAAUAUCGCGAACCAAUCGAUAAGCAGAAAUUACAACCUCAAUAUAGUUUAACAAUAGGAAAAAGUGAUGAAGCUCUUAGUAGAGGUCAAAUUGAAGAACAAGUAGUGGCUAAGAGUUGCCAUAACAUUUCUGAUGUUGGUAAAGAUAACCUUUUACCAUCUCCAAUCGAUCAAAAAAGCAACCUUUCAGACGAUGAAAUCGCAAGAAGAAAUAAACACACGAUUGAGCAACUCCAACAGCAAAUGAUGGCAAGUAAACCGUUGAUUAAACCACGCAGGGACAAUAACUCCAAACAUAUGAACAUGAAUCCUCAAAUUCGCAUCGAAAUUGAAGAUACAUCAAAACCUAGAAAACAUUUAAAAACGCGCCAUCAAAGCCUUGGAGAUAAAACACUUCCAGAACCAAGUAAGAGGUCUAAAACAGUGGAACAUUCAAGAUCAUUGGAUAGUAACCCACAACCACGAAGAGAUAGAUCUAGGUCGAGAUCAAAACAUCAAGAACACGGUCUUCCUCCCGCACCUCCCCCUCCAAAUUGUUCACCACGAAAUUCAAACGGAAGAUCACCACUUGAACGAUUAUCAAAAGAUGAGCUUGUUUCGUUAUGGAAGAGUUCGGAGAUGGAGUUGAGAAGCCAUUUGCUCAAGGCCAUUCGUGAUAAAGAUCAAGAUCCGCCGUGAUUUGUUAAAAUAAUGAUACGAGGAUGAUAAUUUAACGCUUGGCCAGCUCAGGCCUUUGCUUUUUUAAAUGAUUUCGAUUACGAAUCAUUUACGAAAAAUUUCCGAUUCUUUAUUACUAUCCAACAGAUGCUGAAGAAAAAAGACGAGUCGAUCGAUAUUAAAAUUUAUUUUUAUAAGUCGUUUAUUCAAAGUCUUUUAAUACUGACGGACGUCGGAUUUGAAUAAAUGGCCUUAGGAUUUAGAGUGAUACUAAAGAAAUCAACGACCACUAAGUGUUUUAACAAAAAGAUUACUUAUAUAAAAAAGGAAAUUUUAAUGAGAAUAAAAUAUAUUGUAUAAUGAGUAAUGAGUAACUAGGAGCCUUGGUAUGAACUAAAAAUAUAAAGUACCUAUAAUAAAAUUAACUUACUAAGAGGAUUUUUACCUCAGGCCUUCACUCUAGGACUGUUCAUAACGAUAGAUAAUAUAAAUUACUUUGUAGAUAAAAGUCUAAGUUUCUAAGAAACUUCGUGAUAAUACCUACUGUCUUACCUGUAGUGAGAUUAAAUCAAAAUAAUAAAAAAAAAUGUUUUAAUUAAGUAACAUUAUCUACGAAGUUCUUAGAACAAUCCAAACCAGUGUGUUGCAAGAACAUCUGGUAAUGUCACAAACUUUUAUGAAACUCUCUGAACUUAUUAAUAAUUUAAUAAUAAAAAUUAAAUUAAUAAAAUUAAAAGAACUAUAUUAAAAAGUCCAAAUAAAUAGUAUAAUUCAUGUUUCACUAUUAAACUAUUACUGUUAAUAAAAAGAAAAAUUUUAACAACUGGAUAUGAAUAAAUUAAAAAAAAGUUUUAAAUAAUAUCUACUGCCAAUUAUUAUUAGUAUAUACUAUGUAGUAGAUUGGUGAUAUCAAGGUCUUAUGCAAAUUAAAAAGGAAAAGAACACAAAAAAAAAUAACCUGACAAGUACGGCCGAGAUAGAUUUACAAAAAUAACACACUAGGUGAGUAAAAUUGUUGUUAAAUAUCGUGGCGUUUUAUUACGAUUUAUGUAAGAAACGAUAAUAAUAUUACGCCUAUUGAGUAUUGUAGUUUUAAUGAGUCAAUUUUAACUAGUUUCCCUCAAUCUACAAGAUAUCCAAAAAAACUCCCACAUCGUAAAUUAUAUCCAAUUGUUGAUCCUUUUAAAGUCUAUUCCGAUUGAAAUUAAUCGAAAAAAUCGACAACCGUACUUGUGAUUUUCACGAAGAUACUCCAUUCGAAAAUUUAAUAGCGUUUUAUCGUAGUUAAAAACUCGAAGACACCAAAUAAGUAAGUUUGUGGCGAAACGUUUCGAUCUUCAGUAAAUUACUUUCAAUAAAAUGAAAUACAAAGGAGUUCUAAGCAAAUUAUAUUUAUUGUAUAUAAUGUAAAUAUCAGGUUUUAGUAAAAUGAGUCUAGAUUACAUUUGUAAAGUAUAGAUAACACUUUAUUGUUGAAAAUAUACAAUGUGCAAGAUUAA